AUGGCCAUCCGACACGGUGCCAGAGCGGCCAUUAGUCGAACACCUUCAUCGCGAUACUUUAGCACGACUCGAGCUACUCAAGCCGACUUUACCCACGCCGUAAUCGGCGGAGGCGUAGUAGGUCUAGCGAUAGCGCGGCAGCUCUCCCAGCGCACGGGCACAUCGACGGUUCUCCUGGAGCGGCACAGCGCGGUGGGCAUGGAGACGAGCUCGCGCAACAGCGAGGUGAUCCACGCGGGCAUCUACUACGGCAAAGGCAGCCUGAAGACAGACCUGUGCGUGCGGGGCAAGGACCUGCUGUAUUCUCUCUGCGAGGCGCGGGGGGUCGGCCACGCCCGCGUGGGCAAGUGGAUCGUCGCGCAGACGGACGCGCAGGCCGCGGCGCUGGAGCGCAUCGAGCGACACUGCCGCGAGGACAUCGGCGUCCCCGUGCGCUGGGUCGCGGCGGACGAGGUGCGGCGCGAGGGGGAGGGGGUGAGGGCCGACGCGGCCGUGCUGGACAGCCCGACCACCGGCAUCGUCGACUCCCACGGCCUGAUGGUCUGCCUCACCGGCCUGUUCGAGGACGCUGGCGGCGUCGUGGCCCUCAACUCGCCAGUGCGGGCCGUGUCACCCCUCCCGUCGGCCGCCUCACGCGGCCGCCACGGCUGGUCCAUCCGCGUGGGGGGCGACGGCGACGGCGACGGUGAUGAGGCCUCGGCCACCCCCCGGGGACGGGACGGCGACGACGAGAAUCAGGUCGUCAUAACCGCCGACACGGUCAUCAACGCUGCCGGUCUGGGAGCCGUAGACGUCCACAACAUGAUGGUCGUCGACCCAGCCGACCGCCGCCGCCCGCUCAGCUAUGCAAAGGGCACGUACUUCUCCUACGCCGCCUCCCAACCCCGCAUCUCCAGGCUGAUAUACCCCGUCCCCGAGCCCGGCGCCGGCGGCCUGGGAACCCACCUCACCCUCGACCUCGCCGGCCGUCUGCGCUUCGGUCCGGAUGUCGAGUGGGUCGACAGCCCGCACGACCUGGCCCCCAGCGCUGACCGCUUCGACCUCGCCGUUGCCGAGAUCAAAAAGUACCUGCCCCAGGUUGACGUCUCCAGCCUGGCCCCUGACUAUGCCGGUAUCAGGCCCAAGCUGGCCAACCACGCCGCCGUGGGUGCCGACGCCUCUACCUUUCAAGACUUCAUCAUCCGCAAUGAGCCCGGCUACCAUGGCUGGGUUAACCUGUUAGGCAUAGAGAGUCCCGGGCUUACUAGCUCUCUGGCCAUUGGCGAAAAGGUUGAGGAGCUCAUGUACGGGAGCGUCACGGCCGCGUGA